ACAUUAAUUCAUCUUUUUCUAUUGGUAUUUGAGAAGGAAAAGUAACCAGUAAGAAUGCGAGAGCUACCGAGAAUCUUCAUAUAAUAUCGGAGCAAUUAAUUCCGACACGGUUCACCACUUCAUCUCUCUAUAUAAUUUCUUAAUAUUGCAUGAAUUGAAACUCGGCAUCUUAGAUUCGGUGAUGAUGAAGUUUCACAAGUUACUGAAGCUACAACCAGCUCCAUUUUUCAUGUUAGGUUUGCUGAUAAGCUACAACUCCAUGGACAAUUGGCUAAAUUCUACGAUGAUGGACUAUCUCACAGAGUCACUGAAUAGUGAAAGGGGUAGUGCUAUGGUUAGAAAUAUGCAAGAUGGCUUGUCAUGUCUGUUUGUCGUGAUUGCUUAUCUAAUGUCAGAAGCCUACACCGGCAGUUUCACUGCAAUAAGUUUUUGUGCAAGUGCCUCCACCAUGGGUUCAAUGUUGUUCUGGAUAUCUUCAAUGUCAGAUCGCGAGUACUUCGAAUAUUAUAUGGUCACUGUAGCAAUUGCUCUUCUUACAAUGGGAAACAUCGCCGGUAAAUGUUUGUCCCAAGAUUUUUUCGACUCUCAUUUGGAGGAGACAGCGAGAGCUAAAAAAGAAGAGUUAGGACAACAAUGCACAAACAACAAUGCAAGGCUAUACGGUAUCUCUUUUGCGUGGACGAUCUCUCUAUUUUUUUGUUCGUUUGGCGCAGUCUUUAUUUGCUCUGUAGUUGCUGGUGAUAAUCCGUGGCACGGCAUUAGAUUUGUGUCACCAUUCAUGGUAGGGAGCUAUAUGUUGUUCUACUUUGGAUAUGCAUGGUACAACCAUGAAGAUUUGCUUCCUGAAAGCAAUGUUGGCAAGUUUUGUAGAGUGUGCAAAGCAGCUUAUAGGAAAAGGAUUUUGGCAUAUUUAACCAUAGAAGAUGGAUAUUACUGGAAGAAUUAUAAGCAGGGACAUCUCUAUGAGGCUAACCAUGGCCAAGACCGGGUUGUAAGGUUGUUACCGCGAGUACCUCGGGGGUUUGGAUGGUUGGAAAAAGCAGCUAUAAUUGACAAGAAACAAACUGAAAAUGAUGAUGUUAGUCCCCAUAUGCAAGAGACGAAAGGGGAGCUUUGCACAGUUAAGCAAGUUAGAGAAGCCAAGAGCAUUGUUUUGUUGCUCUGUUGGGGGUUUUGCUUAUUCCCUUACAGUUUUGUUGCGGCUUCUGGGAACACUUUUUUUGUUUCACAAGCGAGCAGUUUGAAAAUUUUCAUGCUUAUUGACAUUUCCUAUCUCUUCCUCCUCAAGACCACCAUGACUGGCAUGGUAAUACCAAUGCUUUUCCUGAUACUGGAAGAACCUAAUGUGGCUAAGAAGAUCAGCAAGAUCAUCAUCAAAUUUGGAGCCAAUAGAAAAAUAAUAGAUUCAACGACCGUAAACAUUGGUAUUGGAAUGUUUCUUGCUGCGAUUUGUUGUGUCUUCGCAUGGAGUGUGGAAAAUCAUAUACUGUAUUCGACAGGAAUUAUGAGUACAAAGGCCUUGAUUCCACAAUUUCUGUUGUUGGGAAUGGCGGAAGGGCUUGUUGAAGGCCAAGACGGUCUAUCCAGGUUAUUCGAGAACUACGCAUCAGAAUCUGUGAGGAACUUUGCUGAGCCAUUCAGUAAUCUGGUGAUUGGUUUAGGAAAACUCUUGAGCAUACCAUGGUUCUUGAUUUUCGACAGGUGGCUUUAUGAAUCAAACAACACCGCCGGCCGCCAUUUGGACAAAUAUUUUCUCAUGUUAGCAAUACUCAAUAUUGUGUCUCUUAUCGGUUUUUCAUUUUAUUAUUACAUGUUUGUGCGCGAUAAUGAAUUUCCAGAGGACGAAGAAAGAAGAAGAAGAAGAAGAAGGAGAAGGAGAAAAAGAAGAAGAAGAAUGGAGCAAAUAUUGGUUGAUGAUGGUCUAGAAUCAGACUUUGAAGAAGCAAAUGGCGUUGAGCAAAAUUCGGCAACUAACCAAGGGCCAGAGGUUCCCGAAGAGGAUAAGGAAAUUGAGAUGGAGCAAAUAUCAGAGCAUGAUCAUGAAAUAGAGCCAAUUUCAGAACAUGCAACGAGAGAAGAACAUUUGACAACAAUCUUUGAAGGAGAUUCCAAUCUCCAGAACAACGGAGUACUUGUUGUAGUAGUAGAAAGUAACGAAGCAUAAUUGCUUGUUGUUCUCAUUUUAGACUUGUAAUUUUUUUGUUACAACAAUUGUUCUAGUUACUCGAUCCCCUCUUUCUGUUUUGAGCACCUCUUAUAUUAAAGGUGACUCUAUUUGUAGUUAGUUGAACGAAUAAAUAUGAGGUAUUAAUCAAUGAAACCUUCUUCUCUCUAAGAGCAA